ACGUUGAAUAUAUUAAUAGCGGGUAUUACGAGGAUUAGUUUCGGCCUAGGUAAGGAAAUCGUUACCCUAAGUAUAGUAAAAGUAAAGACGCACUUCGGAACGAUAACUUUCUAUAUUUUACCUAUUAAUACCCCAUUUCUCCUAUAUCUAAAAGAUAUAGAUUAA